CAAUACCAUAUUCAGUCGUCGCAAACAUACAUUAUAUUGUUCCUUUUAGAGUAUUUUGCAAAUUUGCAAGAAGAAGAAAGAAGAAGAAAAUGUUGGCAAUUUUCCAGAAAGAGUUGGUGAAUCCACCAAAGGAGCUAAGUAGCCCAGCCUCAUUGGGGUCAUCUAUGAAGGUUGUCCCACCUCAAGAGGCUAUCAACAAUUUCUUAUCUGCGAAUCCCAGCAAUGGGUUUUCUCUAGGAUUUGGUGAUAAGGCAUUUCUGGCAUAUUCCUCUGCUCAACCUUGUUCAAACCUCGUACAGCAGAGGUUGUUCUGUGGGGUGAAUGACAUGUACUGCAUCUUCUUGGGGAGCCUGCACAAUCUGUGUUCACUCAACAGGCAAUAUGGGUUAUCAAAGGGGGCCAAUGAGGCCAUGCUUGUGACCCAAGCAUAUCAGACCCUCCGAGAUAGAGGCCCCUACCCUGCCCAUCAAGUCCUCAAGGAUCUGGAAGGCAGCUUUGGGUUUGUGAUUUUUGAUCACAAAGCUGGAACAGUUUUUGCUGCUCUAGGUGCUAAUGAAUCAGUGAAGCUCUACUGGGGCAUUGCAGAGGAUGGAUCUAUAAUGAUCUCUGACAAUGUGGCACUCAUGAAAGCAAGUUGCGCCAAGUCAUUCGCCCCAUUCCCCCAUGGUUGCAUGUAUCACAGUGAAAGAGGGUUGAUGAGCUUUGAGCAUCCAAUGAAGCAGAUGAAGGCAAUGGCAAGAGUUGACAGUGAAGGAGCAAUGUGUGGAGCUGACUUCAAAGUUGAUCAUUACUCCAAGGUAGUUAACACAAUAAUGCCAAGGGUUGGAAGUGAAGCUAACUGGACUCUUUGAUGGCAUGCAGCAACAACAAAAAUUCUGUUUUGAGUUUGAUUAGGUAGUGUUUCCUUUGAUUCUUUUGUUUUGAUUGAGGUUUAUAGUACUUGUUUCACAAAAUGUACUUUUGUUUCUUUGAAUGUAAUCAAUCGUGGUAUAUUGUCAAUCAAUUGCAUCACAUUGCUGCAA